AUGGAAACAUCACGGAGGCAAGAUGACAAGCACCUGCAGCUCAUGGGAACCCAUGAGCAACUCGAUAAAGGCGGGAGUCUGGGGAAGGGAAAGGAGGACACCGCUGCUGAGACUGUUUUUCAGCCGCUGUCGGAGGUGACUGCCGCCAGACUCUGCAAAACCACUGCUGUAAGCAACGGCCAGCAGCUGGGUAGAGCAGAGGAGAGAUACUCACUGGCUGAGUUGGAGACCCUGGUUUGGUUCUUGGUCCAAGUGUCUUGUAGCUGGCUGUGUUGCCUGCUCCUUCCCAAAAGCCCUGGAUCCUCCUCAGAUGACAUCUGCACAGAAUGCCACCACACCUGCACCCACUUGCACUGUCGCAGAAGAAACCUUAGCCGCCGACGCGAGGAACUCUACAACAUCGGCAGCAGCACUUCUGAACGUGAGCCUUGUGAGGUGCCCACCACCACCGAUGGCCCCUCCUCAGCUCUGAUGAGUGCAGUGGCCCGUCUUGCUGGGCAAAAAGCACUUAUCACGGUGGACGCCAGUACAGAUGAAGUCCACCACACCACGGUAGCACUCAGCACCUGGUCGAGGAACCGUCAGUGGCAGAUUUCCCUCAGGACUAUUGGACUGCAGCUGAGGAAAUCUCUUGGUCACAGGGCACGAAGACGAACGGACUUUGUCCUAGUGGAACACAUUAGACAGACUCAGCAGGGCGGGACACAGACCACCUGUGACUGCGCUGACCUUCCACUGGACAUGAUGGGUUUGAGGGUAGAACUGAUUUCCAUCUCCAGUCGUGUGUUUCUCCUAGUCGCUGUUUUACAGAUUGCGAGCGGUCAACAAGCGUUCAAGACACAGCCGCGUAACCUGACCGUGCGGGCAGGGGGCACGGCCUUGCUGAAGUGUGAGGUGCUGAGGGUUUCGGGGACCGUUCAGUGGGCGAAGGACGAACUUCUCCUGGGGCACCAGCGCACCCUCCCGGGUCAUCCCCGCUACACCAUGAUUGGUGACCAGAAGAAAGGACAGUACCAUCUUCAGAUAUUGAAUGUGUCCCUGGAGGAUGACUCCCCCUAUGAGUGCCAAGUGAGCCGAUCCAUGAGCAGUCAAGCCAUCAUCUCUCAGACAGCGUGGCUGAAUGUGCAGAUUCCACCCUCGGACCUGUACAUCGAGCUGGAGUCUGAGGAGCCAUGGGUGGCAGGAAGAGAGCACACUGUGACCUGUACAGCGGUGGAUUCCAAACCCUCGGCCCAGAUUACUAUGUUCAAGGAUGGAGUGGAGCUGACGGAUAUAGAAGUCGUCACCAUGCCGGGCUCGGAGGAGAAGCUGGUGAACACUCAGGCCGAAGUGACGAUCAGGGCAGACAGUUCAGACAACGGUCAACGUUUGGUGUGCCGGACGAAGCACCCAGCUCUGCUACACGCCAAGGAGACCAGUGUGAUCAUGAACGUGUUCUUCCCUCCGCAGGCUCCACAGAUUGUGGGACUGGAGAGAGGGGUUGUGAAAGCAGGUACCACUCUCAGAGUCCUGUGUGUGUCUCACGGUGGAAACCCGUUGGCUAUGCUGCACUGGAGGAAGAACGACGAGAUUCUGUUCACUAACUGGGAGGUGGACGUUGUCUCCAGGAGGGCCAGCAGUCUGCUGAGUAUGCCGGUAACACCAGAGGACAAUCAUGCAGUGCUGCAAUGUGAAAGCUCCAACCAGGUGUCCAAGGCACCGAUGUCCAUCACCCGCACGCUAAAUGUUGUGUUCGAGCCUGCGGAGGUAAACCUCGUGGGACCUUUCAAGGCCAUUGAGGGGAAAGAACUAGCCUUGUGCUGCUACGCUUCUUCCAGCAACCCCCCAGUCCAGAUCCGCUGGUGGCUGGGCUUCAGGGAACUGAACACUACCGUGGUCACCGUUGCCGAGGGAGAAAAUGGAGGCAUGACUGUCAUGUCUAACCUCACCCACAAAGUGUCACGGGAAGACAACGGUUUACCCUUGACCUGUGAAAUAUUCAAUGAACAGACCCACUUUUCCAACACCCAAUCCAAAAUCCUCAGUGUGUUCUACCCACCCCAAAGGGUGUGGUUGGAUACUCCACCAGUAGAGGUCCCUCUCCGGUCAGGGACUGCAGUGCGCCUGGUGUGUUUCUCUGCUGGAGGAAACACUGCAGGACGCCUGACAUGGUUCAAGAAUGGGAAAGUAGUGCAGACAGCGUCAAAGCAGGUGCAGACAGACAGAGUCGUCUUCAGAGAACUGCACCUCACUCUGGACCCCAGCGACAACAUGGCCUCUUACCGCUGCGACGCCACGAAUGAGGCGAAGAAAGUGCUCUCCUCUCAAACCAAACUGCGAGUCCAGUUCCCGCCCAUCCAUGUAAAGAUACAGGCGAAGGAAGACAACCUGCGUCGGGGUGACGUGAUUCAUUUGGAGUGCCUGUCUGGGAGCAGUAACCCCAAAGCCAAUGUCUCUUGGGCCCUUGGCACGCUCAGCCUGCAGGGGGUUGAUGAGGCGCCCAAGAGGGCGGAGUUUGGCGGAGUUUCUGUCAAAAGCAAACUGUCCUUUCCCCUGGGCUCCCAUCACCAUGGCCAAAAGAUUGUCUGCCAGACGUUCAGCCCUUUGCUAUCUGAAGGAGUCAACUCUUUCUACACCCUUAAUGUACUCUUUCCCCCUGAGUUCUCUCCUGAUCAGCCCAGAGAAGUUGAAGCCACAGAGGAUGAAGAUGUCACCUUACCUGUGAUGGUCUCGGCCAAUCCAGAUGACAUCACCUGCGAGUGGACCCAUCAGGGAAAGAGUGUCAUCAAAGAGAGGGAUCACCGUUAUGACUUUCCCAAUGGGUGGGUGGUGACUAUUAAGAACGUGACAAGACAAGAUGCAGGUGUUUACACCUUGGAAUGUUCUAGCACGGAGGGAAAGAACAGCACCACCGUCAAGCUCAACGUUUUAUACGCACCAAGUGUGAAGAUGAGGACAGAUCCUGUGUAUGUGGACGUAGGAAACACUGCUGAUCUCUUCUGCCUGGCUGACGCCAAUCCCAUCACUUCCGGCAUGUUCUCUUGGAAAUGGAUGGGUGAUGGUGAGGUAGAGGAUCUGGGUGAAGAGACUGAAGAUGAUGCCACAGGCUUGUUGACCAUAUACAAUGUCACUCGUGCCCGUGCCGGACCCUACCAGUGCACCGCAGACAACGGCAUAGGCACACCAGCCAGUGUUGAGGGACAGUUAGUUGUACGCUUUAAGCCAGAACUCCAGAAGGGGGCGCAGUGGAGGAAAGUAGCCAGUCGCGGUGAUGGAACCAGUAACGCAGAGCUGAUGUGUCAGGCAGAGGGGAUUCCACGCGUGCUCUUCACCUGGGCUAAGAAUGGAGUGAUAAUGGACUUUGCCAACCCCAGAUACCUGGAGGAGACUAAGAGAGAAGGCUACAUCCACACCAGCACCAUGACUGUGAUCAAUGUGAGUGCAGCACUGGAUUAUGGCACCUUCACCUGCACGGCACACAACAGCCUGGGGGAAGACUCGCUGGACAUCCUGUUACUGAGCACCAAUCACCCAGAUCCUCCCUCAGACCUGAAGUUGCUGGGUGUCACGCCCUACAGUGUCACACUGGAAUGGAUGCCAGGGUUUGACGGAGGUUUGACACAGAAAUUCCGUGUUCGGUACCGGAAAGCUGGGGAUAACAGUUAUCUGUAUGUAGAUGUGUUUCCACCAAGAGCUACUGUUUACACCAUAACUGGCCUCUAUCCCUCCACUGUCUACAACUUCUCUGUAAAUGCCCUCAACGCUAUGGGUGAGAGUGCCUAUGCCGACAACAACGCAGUACUCACAGUCGCCACUGGGGGAUCUGGCGUUCGAGUGUACGUGGUGAUUGUGGUGGUUGGCGGAGUGCUAAUUCUUUCAAAUGCGGUCGGCUGCUUUCUAUAUUCAAGGAGAACAAAGGAGCGUGGAUUUAAAGGGAGUAAGGGCAGUGUGUCAGAGGGAAAGAAGAGUGAGCUGGAGGGAUCAUCAGGGAGUAGCUCCACUCGCUACGACAGCGGAGAGCAGAUCAACACCGCAGCCCAGCGCACUCUACUCAUUGACAGUGGCUCUUCUGAACCAGAGAGCAGCACUUACGAGACCUACGGAGAGGAGAGCACUCAUUACUACUACCCUACAGAAGAUUAUCAGCCCACUCUUUAUCCACUCUCAGAGACUCCUGAAGACCACAAUCCCAGACGUGGCACAGACCUGAUGAGUCAUGAUUAUGAAGAAGUGAGAUAUUGGCGGGAUUACCAAAAUCUACAGGGGCCACCCGUCCCACCUCCCCUCUUGCGUCCUCUGCCUGCUUUCCCUGAGCCGCGACAAGGGACAGCACCUCCGCCCACCUACUUUGGGGGGAGGAGCCAAGAUGGGACACAGCUGGAUCCACCGUUUGGGAUUUAUGAUUCCAUGGUUUACCAACGCAGACGGGAUUCAAUGCUGCCUUUCGAACUCAGGGGAGAGCUGGUUUAG